GACGGAGCUUUUUUUUUUUUUCCGUGUUUAGAUUUGCUUUUUAAAUGUUGUUGUUCAUUCAUGUGAAUUUUACUCUUUGAAGCACCUGUUCGGCUGAUAAACUAAUCAUGAGAUAUCAAGCGGCAGAAAUCUCCGUCUGUCUCUGAAAAGGAGCAUUGUGUGUUAAUCUCAUUGUCGCGUUCUUUCAACGGCAAAAAUGAACUGCUUCAGUCAAAGGCUGAGACGCACAUCUCCCAUGCGUGGCAGCUGUAGUAAUGAGCUGGUCCCCUCCAAGCCUCCCAGGAUGAACGGAUGGUCAUGGCCCCCUCAGGCUUUCCAAGUGGUUGGCUGGCUGGUGUACAGCUAUCUCUGCAUAGUCAGCUUUGGUGUCUACAUCCCUCUUCUCCCUCCGCCGUGGAACCAUGUGGUCUAUGCUCUGACGGGCAUAGCAUUUGUUUUGCACUUUUUCACCCAUAUUGCUGCUGCGACUAUAGACCCAGCAGAUGUCAGUGUGAGGGCCAAACAGAGCUAUUCCAUUCCAAUGCCGCAUUUUGACCGCAUGAAGCAAACUCAUGUCAUCAAGGACCUACACUGUUAUCUAUGUGAUGUUAAGGUUGGCCCCAAAGUGAAACACUGUAGUGUUUGCAACAAGUGUGUGGAAGACUUUGACCACCAUUGCAAAUGGCUGAACACAUGUGUGGGUGGCAGAAACUACUGGUGCUUCUUUGUGGCACUGUUCUCUGCUACUCUGGGCGUCUUCAUGCUCAUUGUUGUCAUCUUGUUCGUAUGUAUUCAGCAUUACCUGAAUCCAAACAGCCUACGGACCGCCCCACAGUUUCACAGUAUUCUGGAGAAUGGUACCUGGCUGAUCUUUUUACCCUUAGCACCCAUAAAGACUAGUUCAGCUGGUCUCCUUAUAUUAGCCUUCAUAACAACCAUGCUGAGCAUCACGUGCCUGAUGUUGCUCUGCCAUCUGCUGGGCUUCCACUUCUAUCUCUUUUAUAAAGGCAUUAGCACAUAUGAUUAUUUAAAGAUACAGCGGCAAAAAGAAGCCAGAAAGACUGAAUCAGAAAAUCGAAAAGAUGCAAAAAGCAACAAUAAGGCCUCACAGAAAGAGGGCUACAUUGACUGUGAGCCAGCAUUAUCCCAGAGUUCAGGUACCUGCAAAUCUGAAAAUAAAGGCUCACUCACAAGCCGACUUUCAGAGUCCAUAUGCACUGAGUUGGAGAUCUUUAAGAAAUCAGCAGAUAAGGAGAAUAGUUUCCAUUAUGGCACAGAAAACCCCACAGAGAACACAGCAGGGGAAAUGAACGACAAUAAAAACGGGAAGCCGGACACUGAAGAGGCUCAGAACGCCGCUGUGAAGUCAGUUCACCAAAUUCCUGGAGUGCAGGACCCUCUGUGCAGCUGCGUUAUGACUCCGCAUCCUACUUCGCAGUAACUGAUGUCUGCAUGGCGGUGCUCUGUAGAAUUCUGGAUUCUAGACUGAAUGUAUUAGGAAGAUAUGCUUCAUGAAACUGAACCACUCAACUAUUGAGCGUUGUUGUUAAGGACGGAGGGCGUCUUGGACUUAACACCGCAGUGUGACACACGUCAUGGAACAUGUUUGUGUAUGCAGUCUGAACAACAGUGGAGCCGUCAAUGUGUUUUGUUCCUUUUUUUAAUCUACACUCUGUGUUUUUAUGAUGAUUAUCUAAAGCAUUGUUUUAUCUCCCUGACUUGUAAAGAGCCAAAGUCCAACCCCACUUCCAGUUUGGCCUCUGUUCCACGGAUAGAUGUCGAUGGAUGUCGGAUAGAUGGAUGGAUUUUGGCAUCUUCCUGAAAGGCUGAAACAUGAUACUGGAGUUUAUUGUUCAUAUUUUAAGCCAAAUGAGUAGUGUACUAACAGUAACCUUUAGCAUCUUGUCAUUUUAUCUGAUGGCCAAAGAUAGAGCCUUUUAUGGCAAAGUACAUUGUCUAAGUAGAAGUAGUGGAGCACACUAGCCUGAGAAGAGGACAGCGCCACAGCUCUCUAUUGCUAUGUUUAGUAACUGUUGAUUUCAGUGAACGUUUUUGCUAGGUUUGAAUGUAAAAACUCAUGUUUGCUGCAUUUUUUUUGUUUUCUUCUUUAGCCUACAUGACCACAGUGACACUAUAGAGUCAAAGUUUCACCACUUCCAGCUUCUACAAGUUUCUGUCUAUAUUUUAAGAUGGAUACUGUUGGUAUGUGAUUGGAUUUGUCAGCAACAUAUGAAAACGCCUUCAUCAGCAUCAGCUUUAUCUAUAGCUGAGUGGUUGGGUUAAAGACCAACCAUUGAAGAGGUUAUUUGUACAUGAAAAUCCAGAUAAAGCCCUGUGUGUGUAUUUCAGUGUUUUUAAAUGUCUUCUUUACAGACUGGUUUUCCAGAUGAUUGCUGCCUGUGAUAUUUGUAUGUUUCAAGUCAGCUUUCCCUCAAACAAUAUGUUGUUUUUCUCAGUGAAAAUCCAAGCAGGCCUCUGUUUGUUCCAUGAGGGACAUAAUGUCAAAUGUUACAAACCUUACUGUUAUUGCAUACAUUGUUUUAUGAAUGUACACCUUUUUUUUGUUUAUUCAAGAAUUUGACGAUUGUAGCAGCCAAUUCAAGUGUUGUCUUUGUAUUUGUGUAUUGUUUGUCCAUCUGUAGGCGGUUGCAUUUUCUCACCACUAGAGGGCUUUAAUGCUGUUAUUCAAGUACAUGGAGGGAAAGGAAAUUGGGUUGUUUUUGUGGAAAUUGAAGCAUUUUGUUUUCUCUCUUUCACAGUCAUCCCUAUUGUUUCAGAUUGGGCUGCUCGUGACUUCAAAUGCAACAAUAUUGUUAAGUCAUUUCUUAUAAUGGCUUGAAUUCAAUAUUGUUCUACAAAUUGUGAGAUGUAGUUAUUUUUAGUUAUCAAAUCCCCUCAUAGUAAUGCAAAGUGUGACAUAACUACCCUUCCAUUUAUUAUUUGGGGAAAUUACUGAGAAACUCAAAAUGGGGUAAGGGCUGCUAUUAACCACACAGUGGCGCAAUUGAAGCAACUUGAGAUACACUAUUAUGUCAUCAAGUGAUUUCACUUGGGCCAGACUGUUUUCAUCAAGAUCUGAGCCUUUUCUUUUGCUCAUAGUCAUACAUGUUUUUGCCCCUGUCCUUGAAUUGUAUCUGAUAUAUUGGUAUUACAAUAUAAUUUGAGUCAUCAAUAAAGCUAGAGGUUACAUAAUGUC